CCGGGAAGCCGGAGAACCAGAUGAGGUGUUACGCAAGGCCUGAUGUUUACGCGCCGCAGGGGCCUCCUCCUCCCUAUAAAGCCGACGCGGCGCGGAGAGCGGCGGAGACCGAGACAGGUAGAGGGGAGAGGGGCCGUCCCAGGAGGGCGUCCGGGGAGCGUCCGAAAGUUCAUGCGCCGGGCGGACAGAGGGCCCUCCACUCGGCUAGCAGCAGGCGUGGUCCGCCGAGCGCGCGCUGGGAGGCGGCCGCGAGGGUCGCGGCAGGGUCGGCGCCCAGACGCGCGAUCCCCAUGGAGGCGCCCGAGCUGGGCCCGGGGCUGCUGGAGCGUCUGGAGCAGCUGGCGACGUGCCCGCUGUGCGGGGGCCCCUUCGAGGACCCGGUGCUGCUGGCGUGCGAGCACAGCUUCUGCCGCGCGUGCCUGGCGCGCUGCUGGGGCGCCCCGCCGGCCCCCGGCGCCCAGGCACCUCCCACCGCCUGCCCCUCCUGCGGCCAGCCGUGCCCCCGCCGCAGCCUGAGGUCCAACGUGCGGCUGGCGGUGGAGGUGCGCAUCAGCCGGGGUCUGCGGGAGAAGCUGGCUGAGCCCGGGGCCCGCGCGGGGAGGCGCAGAGGGGGCCGUAUCCCCACCAUGGGCUGCCUGGAUCCGCACGGAGAGGAUAUAAGGAAGACAUGGAGAAGGCUUGAUGCCCCAAAACCCAAGUCAUCUCACUCAGACAAUGAUCUCCCUGAAGACUAUCCAGUGGUCAAAAACAUGCUCCACAGGCUGACGGCCGACCUGACCCUGGACCCCGGCACCGCGCACCGCCGCCUGCUUAUCUCGGCGGACCGCCGCAGCGUCCGACUGGCCCCUCCAGGGACACCCGCGCCCCCCGACGGCCCCGCGCGCUUCGAUCAGCUCCCGGCGGUGCUGGGCGCACAGGGCUUCGGGGCCGGCCGGCACUGUUGGGAGGUGGAGACCGCCGAGGCCGCCUCGGGCCCAGGCUCCUCUGGGGAGGACGAGGACGACGGCGAGGGCCGCUACGCCGUGGGUGCGGCCGGGGAGUCGGUGUGCCGCAAGGGCCGCGUGGGGUUGUGCCCCGCGGGGGCCGUGUGGGCCGUGGAGGGCCGAGGCCGCCUCUGGGCACUCACGGCUCCCGAGCCCACCCCGCUGGGCGGCGCCGGGCCCCCGCCGCGCCGCAUCCGCGUGGACUUGGACUGGGAACGGGGCCGCGUGGCCUUCUACGACGGCCGCUCGCUGGACCUGCUCUUCGCUUUCCAGGCGCCCGGCUCCCUGGGGGAGCGCGUCUUCCCGCUGCUCUGCACGCGCGACGCCCGCGCCCCGCUCCGCAUCGUGCCCGCCGAGGGCUGAGUCCCACCCACACCCGCCGGGAGCCGGCUUCCUCUGCGCGAGGCAGUCCGCACUCAUCCCGGGGAGCGUGUCCACCAACCACAUGGCCUCACUUUCCACAUCCACACCCAAAGCCGAGUCCAUGCACGCCCCGCCCUCCGGGAC